AUCUUCAACUUCCCGCCGUGUCUAAUGGUAUGAAGUCGUGUCUGUCUUGUUGAGCACUAUCCCACCUGAAAUCCCCGGAUAUUGCUCGCCUAUCACAGUGCACAAAACACCAAAGAGGAGGGACGUCAGCUUGAUCUUAAGAAAGUUGAAACCUGUGGCAAUCACCAUGUCUAAGGAGUACAAGCCCGCAGCUCCUCCUGGUGCGCCCAUCACACCACGAAUCGUCAUCCACGGCGGUGCAGGAAACCUCACAAAAGCCACCAUACCCCGAGACCGCUACAAUGAUUAUCAAGCCUCUCUCAAUAGGAUCCUCGCGCAAUCAGCAGAUCUCCUCGCCGUGCCUGGUAUGACAGCCCUGGACGUAGCCACCUACGCCGUGACGCAGCUAGAAAACGAUCCGCUAUACAAUUCCGGCAAAGGCGCCGUCUUCACCCGCGAAGGCAGGAAUGAACUCGAAUGCAGCAUCAUGGUAUCCAAUGGGUACAAGAAGCGAGGGGUAGGCUGCAUGAUGCUGAAGCACGUCAAGAACCCCAUCAAGCUGGCGCGUGAGCUGUUGAUACGAGGAGAAGACGAAGAUGGCGGCGGCGCAAAGGAUCAUUGCCAAUAUAGUGGUGAGUUUGUCGAAAGCCUUGCGCAAGAAUGGGGUCUGGAGAUUGUGGGGCAGGAGUACUUUUUCACGCAGAACAAGUGGGAUGAGCAUAAACGAGGGCUCGCGGAAGAGAAGAAGCAGGAAGAGCGGGGACUGGCGAUGGAUGAGACGAGUGAUUGGGAGAAGGAGAAUUAUAUCUCGCUUGGAACGUGUGGAGCUGUUGUGUUGGACAGUUUUGGUACGAUCUGCACUGCUACGUCUACGGGCGGGUUGACUAAUAAAGUCCCUGGACGCGUGGGAGAUACGCCGACUAUGGGUACGGGAUACUGGGCAGAGGAAUGGAGUUAUCUUGAGGAACAGGCGCUUCACAAAACACAGAUGCUUUACCAGCCUUCCUUAGCAACCUCGCCCGUCGACAAGCUAUCAAGAGGCGACAUAGGGGGUCUUGUCGGUGAUUGUCUGCCUUCUUUCAAUUCAAGGCCGGCAUCAGCUACAUACGAAUCACAAACUCAAUCCAUGGAGAAGCCUACUUCAACUCGCCACGCAGUAGGCCUAUCUGGCACUGGCAACGGCGACACCUUCAUCCGCCUGUGCGCAGCUCGCACCACGGCCGCAAAAUCCCGCUUCACCUCCACCCCUCUCUCAACAGCAACAUCAUGGAUGGCCGGUCCAGGCGGCGAGCUUCAGAAGUCCGCCGGCGAUCGGUGGGGUAAGACGCAUGAAGGUGUUGGCGGGCUGAUUGGUAUUGAACUAGUGGGGAAGAAGGCGGAGGUUGUUUUUGAUUUUAACUGCGGUGGCAUGUUCAGGGCUUGGACGGAGGAGGGUGGAACGAAGAGAUGUUUGAUUUUCAGGGAGGAUAGUUGGGAGAGCGGACCGGAGGGUUGGGGUAGCAUCUAGACUAUGAGCGACUAGGAAACAUUCUUGUGCAUGCAUUUGCUUCUCUAUACUCUCCUCAUUCAGAAAAUAGCUAUUAAAUGGAACAGAUGACUGUGUCAUUUGAGUUCC